CCAAGACAAUAAAAUCUCAGGAAAUUCUUGUUUCUUCUUCUUUCGAGAUUUGUCUUUAAUUUUUCUUGUAAAAAAAAUGCCAUCAAAGGAAGAGCUAUCUUCGAAAGUGAAGGCACGGUUGUCCGUGCUCUCUGCUCAUUUGGCAGCUCCUGAUUGCUCCUCCCACAACCUCAGCUCCACCGUCCUCGAAAAACCAAUGUGCGUGUCGGCUCAGACCGUCGGCUCUGUCGGAGGUUCGUUAACCAUUGUCGACGAGCGAACGGGGAAGAAAUACGAGGUCCCUGUCUCCAGCGAAGGCACUAUCAAAGCUACUGAUUUCAAAAAGAUAACAACAGGGAAAAAUGACAAGGGGCUGAAAAUAUAUGAUCCGGGGUAUUUGAAUACAGCUCCGGUUCGGUCGUCGAUUUCUUAUAUAGAUGGAGAUGAAGGGAUUCUUAGAUACAGAGGGUACCCGAUUGAGGAAUUGGCGGAGAGUUCCACGUUCUUGGAAGUAGCCUACCUCUUAUUGUAUGGGAAUUUGCCAUCUGAAGGUCAGUUAGCUGACUGGGAAUUUGCUGUUUCUCAGCAUUCAGCUGUGCCACAAGGGAUUCUGGACAUUAUACAAUCAAUGCCUCAUGAUGCACAUCCAAUGGGUGUACUUGUCAGUGCAAUGAGUGCUCUUUCUGUCUUUCAUCCUGAUGCCAAUCCUGCUCUCAGAGGCCAAGAUCUUUAUCAGUCAAAACAAGUGAGGGACAAACAAAUAGCACGCAUUCUUGGAAAGGCACCGACCAUUGCUGCAGCAGCUUAUUUGAGGAUGGCAGGAAGGCCUCCAGUUCUCCCUUCUAGCACCCUUUCUUAUGCUGAAAACUUCCUUUACAUGCUAGAUUCAAUGGGCAAUCGGUCUUACCAGCCCAAUCCUCGGCUUGCUCGAGUGUUGGACAUUCUUUUCAUACUACAUGCAGAACAUGAAAUGAACUGUUCCACAGCUGCUGCCCGACAUCUUGCAUCAGGUGGAGUUGAUGUAUACACUGCUCUAGCUGGAGCUGUUGGAGCACUAUAUGGUCCUCUUCAUGGUGGAGCAAAUGAGGCUGUGCUCAAGAUGCUUAGUGAGAUUGGAACAGUUGAAAACAUUCCAGAGUUUAUUGAGGGUGUCAAGAACAGGAAGCGGAAAAUGUCUGGUUUUGGGCACCGUGUAUACAAAAACUAUGACCCAAGGGCAAAGGUGAUAAAGAAAUUGGCGGAGGAAGUUUUUUCUAUUGUUGGCCGGGAUCCUCUUAUUGAGGUAGCUAUUGCUUUGGAGAAGGCUGCUUUAUCCGAUGAGUAUUUUAUUAAGAGGAAGCUCUAUCCAAAUGUUGAUUUCUAUUCUGGGUUAAUAUACCGGGCAAUGGGAUUUCCACCAGAGUUCUUCACUGUGUUAUUUGCAAUUCCUCGAAUGGCUGGAUACUUGGCACACUGGCGUGAGUCUCUAGAUGACCCUGAUACAAAGAUAAUAAGACCACAACAGGUUUAUACUGGUGUAUGGCUGCGGCAUUAUAUGCCACUCAAGGAGCGGAUGGCAGCCACUGAAGCAGACAAGCUUAGUCAAGUAUCCAUAUCAAAUGCCUCGAGGCGGCGACUGGCUGGAUCUGGGGUUUAGUCUUUAUUGUAAUUAUAAAAGGCUUUGCAAGGGAAAUAAAUGGCAUGGGCUAUCUCCAGGAAAAUAAAUGUACCUCUUUAUCAGUGGCAUUCUGCAUCAAAAGUGUAUUUUAGGCAGAAGCUGAUGCAUUGGCCCAUUAAUCUUGUUAUACGUGUUAUGUCUCAUAAUUUAGACCAUAAAAUACUUGAGUUGGUGAGCUUGGAAAUGGUAACUUGUUCAUGUUGUACUUUGUUAAUAGAUUUCUA